CCGCCUCAUAAUUUCCAAGCCUCUCAAAUCCAUCCCAUGAUAUUUUGAUCAGAAACAUCUCUGUCUUUGGGGAAAAAGCUGCAGUGGAUGCUGGAAAACACCAGAAGCAUCAUCAUCCUCAUCAGCAUCCACAUCGAGCUGCAACAUGAUCCUGAUGGAUUUCUGAGACAUUUCAAGCGCCAUGGACGAAACUCAAUCGAUUUAACCGCAACCCACUGCGUCUGACCAUCAAGAUCCUCCAAGACGGACGCGACCGUGGAGCAUCGAGGAAAGAAACGGGUCAACCGGGACAGAGACCAGAUGCCCAACAUGGAGAGGGGCAAACCUGCCACUUACACGGGCGACAAGAAGGCAAAGAUGGCUGCAAAAACCAAUAAGAAGUGGGUAAGACUGGCCACCGUGUUCGCGUAUGUUUUAUCCGUGUCUCUGGCUGCGAUCAUCCUGGCCAUUUACUACAGUCUCAUAUGGAAACCCUCCGGACCCAAUAAUUCAAAACCCAGCUCUCCAUCAUCCAACGACACCAACAGCAACAUCUCCGCGAUCAGCAACAACAGCAGCGCGUCCGUGGUGGAUCUGAUCCACUUCAACAGCACCGGCUCCAACCGGACAGCGAGGUCGCUCCCCGAAAGCGCGCAGUCCCAGUCCGGGGAUUUCUACAGAUACGCCGUGCCCGCGGAGAGCCCAAACGCCGCAGACACACAGUCUUCCCGGACAGAUCACCACCACCAGACCCGCGCCGGCGGAGACGCGCACCAGGACGCGCGCAGGGACGAGGACGGCUUCGGAGGAGGAAGAACACAAACUCAGUUAGUGUCUGAUAACAACAAGCACAGAAAGAACCAAGGGAAGCCUUGAGACUGGAGAGGAGGCCGGGAGCGCGCACUGUCGGACACAAACGCAUAGAUCAAAUAUAAUCUGUCCUUUUCGUUUCGCCUUAAUACUCGGUGGACGUUUGCAGUGUAAUGGGCUUUAACUUUAUAUCCUCCUCGGAACGUAUAGCCUACUAGUCCAAAAAUCACCGGCUGGCCUGUCAUUCAAUCGUAUAGGAAUCAUUCAUCCGAACCGGAGACUGUCCAUUACGCGCAAUGCCUUGUUAUGAACUGAACAGCCAUGUUUAUGGGGUCAAGCUUUUAAAAUAUCAACACUGAAAGCUUGCAUGAAUUACCUGUUAACCAAUUAAUCAGGAUUCUUAUGUUUAGAGAGGAACCUGUGUCGAUGCUCAGGUAUGUGCAAAUAAUAUUAUCAUACUGUUUAGUGAUGCUGUGGAAAUCAUUUUUACAGCAACUAAUGUAGAAUACGUCACUCGAAUGGUAAAUAAACCAGUACAAACACUCA